AUGCCGUCCGCAUUGACCUCGCCACGCGCGGGGGAGCGCGGGAACCCCAUUGAUAUCAUGACGGUGCAGCAGUGGGCGUACGUCUCCGAUCUUCCCGACGACAUAGCCCCCAUGCGCGACCUGCUUCGCUCCUACAGCAAAAUUCCGGCCGCCGACAUUGAUCAUCACAUCAUGCGCGUGCGACAGGAUGCCUGGAGCAUCUCGCGCUAUCCUUUCGUUGGUCGGUGGAAGUUCCUCCGCCUCGCCGACAGUCAAGACCCAUGCCACCAACAAGUCGUCUUUCGCUUGCUUGUCGCUGGAUCGCGGGACGUCUUUCUCGACCUCGGCUGCUGCGUCGGUCAGAUUCUCCGCCAGCUUCGUGCCGCCGGAGUCCGAGGCUCCCAGCUCAUCGGCACAGACGUGCAGCCCAAGUUUAUCGACAUCGGAUACGACCUGUUCCGCGACAGGAAAACGCUGGGAGCCUUGUUCGUCGCAGGUGACAUACUCGACCCCGAAGACACCAGGAUCGACGCGUUGCGCGGCAGGGUGACCAUCAUUUACGCUGGGAGCUUCUUUCACCUCUUUAGCCGGGUUCAGCAGCUCUACAUCGGCAAGCGUCUCGUCAGUUUCAUCAAGCCAGGCACCAAGAAUGCGCUCAUAUACGGCCGGCAAGUUGGCACGACAAACCCCGGCAAGCCUCUGACGAACACCAUGUCUGCCUUCCUGCACGACAAGGGCAGCUUCCAACGGCUGUGGGACGAGAUUGGCUUCCUGACACGGACAAGGUGGAAAGUCGAAAUGGAGGCCACGCAUGAUUUUGCUCACAGUCCGCCCAGCUUUGCCGUGGGGUCCUCGCAAGCGGUCAGCUUUAUGGUGUACCAAAUAUCCUGA